AAUCAUGUACAUGAACCAUACACAAUCUGACAUUAUAGAGAAAUGAUUUGGUUUAAAACUAGUUGCAAUUAGUAUCAAGAGCAUGGAGUGGUGUAUAUACAAGGACACUAAACUAUCAAAUUAAUAUAAAACACAAACAAACCCAGAGACCCUAUGCAUACACUGCUGGGAGAUCUUGUGAGUAGUUGUAUCAGUGCAUGGCAGCAUAGUAACUGUAUAGCUGAUUGAUAUUCUGAAGUCAUGAAGACCUUUAUUGUCAUAAUAUUGAUAGGAGGACUGGGUUAUGUAGCAUCAGGAGAGAAGGUACAAGACAGUAAUGAAGGAAGAACAACAGCUAACAAUAAAGAAGAUGAGCCAAUGGGUAAUAGAAAUGUCAACUACUUUGCAGCUAAUCUUGUUGAUCAACCCCUGAUAGAGGUUUUCCACGUGUCAAAUAAUGAUAAAAUAAUUAAAAUAAGAAAAUUCAUUGGACACACUUUUGAACUGGGACCAGAACUUGAUGCGAUCGACAUCAAAGAUGGAUCAGCAGGUGUCACCUCAAACAUUCUAGCAUAUCGGCCAAACUUCAAUACCCAUAAUCUCAAACUAGCAGCUGUGUUUAUCAACUUGGAGAAUCUGUUCCCAUGCAUUAAAAAAGGACAAAAUUACGUCCCGUCCUGUACCAGUUUAACACAGGGAGAGGGUGGCUUCAACAAAGGAAGGCCAUUACUCCAAGCAGGAGAUACAGGAAACAAUUUCAAAGUAUUUUCUGCCACUACCAGCACUUAUGGAUUUGCUUUCAGUGGCUGCACUAAAUUUACCGGAGCAGCUCCUUGUAUGGAUAAGUAUUACACCUUUAGCAUUGCUUGCUUUCUUCCUGCAGGAUGUCGCUAUCUGCCAUGAUAUGCCUUGUCAUCAACAGACUUGAAACAAUUAUUAGCAGUAUUAUUAUUAUUAUUAUUAUUAUUAUUAUUGUUAGCAGUAUUAUUAUUA